UCACUUUCUCGACCCCAGCUGAAAGUAGGAGUGAAGAGUGAAGAGAUUUCCUUCCUAAAAAAAUCUGCACGCUUUGUAUUUAUAGCGACAAGCACAAUGCCUAUCCUUUACUCUGUUGUGGCAAGGGGGACGACGGUGUUAGCCAAGUAUGCCAGCUGUGCAGGAAACUUUACCGAGGUCACUGAACAAAUUCUAACAAAGAUUCCACAAGAAAACUCCAAACUCACAUACUCUCAUGGCAGUUAUCUUUUCCAUUACGUUACAGAGGAGCGCCUGGUGUACCUUUGCAUCACAGAUGAUGAAUUUGAGAGGUCCAAGGCCUUCAUGUAUUUGAAUGAAAUCAAAAGAAGGUUUCAGUCUCAGUAUGGUGUACGAGCCCAGACUGCCCUUCCCUAUGCCAUGAAUAGCGAUUUUUCAAGGACCAUGUCUUCUCAGAUG